GAAGCUUCCCUUCGGGGCGGCUUCUUCCAAUUUUGGUAACGGGCACAUUCCAGCCCUGUGGAGUAGGUUGUUCUGCGUGUUCGGUGCGGAGAAUUUUGGAUGCAGAAUGUCGUCGGCGGUGUUUUUUUCUGUCCUUUCCUCUGGGAAGCAAGCUUUUGACAAGAGCUUCGGAUGCUCGUGCUAUUUAAUUCUCCGCACCGCUGUUUUCUUUGUGGGAGUUUCAUGAUGUACUGUACAUCGGACAGGGAUUCCGUGAUAGUUUGUGCUGUGUUUCACCAAAAUGGAUUCAAUGCAGGAGAAGCAGAUCAAGCAUCUAGGUGGCGGAUCGGAUGAUGCACAACAUGAAGAUACUGAUCGCCAAAGCCAAGAGUCGACAGUGAAGCAGGAUAUGACCGUUGAGCAUGGACAGCCAGCUCCCGAUGGCGGAUAUGGGUGGGUGGUCGUGGCUUGCGUGUUCUGGCUGCAAGUCAAUACGUGGGGUAUCAAUGGGAGCUAUGGGAUAUUUCUGUCCCACUACAUGACCAACGAUGUUUUUCCCGGGACCAGUUCCUUCGCCUACUCCAUGGUGGGCGGCUUAUCAAUUGGCUGCGCAUACCUGAUGGCCCCAUUCACCGUCUACUUGAUCCGAACGCACGGCACUCAUGCCACCCUGAUUGGGGGAAUCAUCGUCCAGAGCGGAGGCUUGAUUGCAGCCUCUUUCGCCACGAGAAUUUGGCAGCUUUUCCUGGCGCAGGGAGUCUGUUUCGGAACCGGCAUGGGCGUCAUCUAUAUGACGUACCUGGGCAUCCCGGCACAGUGGUUUGAGCGCAAACGCAGCAUCGCAAACGCGAUCCCCGCCGCCGGAGCCGGGACCGGCGGGAUCAUCUACUCGCUGGCGAUCCAGUCGAUGAUCGAGAACAUCGGGCUGGGGUGGACGUACCGCACGCUGGCGCUGGUGUCGCUGACGGCGAACCUAGUGAGUGCGGCGUUCCUGCGCGACCGCCACAAGGCGACGGCGAGCCGGCACACGGCGUUCCAGUUCCCCUUGCUCCGGCGGGCGGAGUUCGUGCUGCUGCUGGGGUGGGCGAUCUUCAGCACGCUCGGGUUCGUCGCGGUCAACUUUAGCCUGCCGAACUUCGCCGUCUCGAUCGGGCUGUCGUCGCACCAGAGCAGUGUGGUCGGCGCGCUGCAUAACCUGGGCCAGGGGGUCGGGCGGCCGCUGAUUGGGCUGCUGAGCGAUCGCUGGGGCCGGCUGAACGUCGCGUCGGUGCUGUCAUUGGUCUGCGCGGGUUUCUGCUUCGCGAUCUGGAUUCCCGCCCAGGAUAUGGCGGUCGUCUCUGUCUUCGCAACGAUCGGGGGCAUGGUGUCGGGUACCUUUUUCGCCACGGUGGCCCCCGUGAUCGUCGAGGUGAUUGGGCUGCAAGACCUGCCGGGCGCGCUGAGCAUCCUCUGGCUCGUUCUGAUCUCGCCCGGGGCGUUUGGCGAGGCGAUCGCGCAGGCACUGCGGCGGCCGGCAUGGGGCACGGCGGCCUACCAGCCGGUGCAGGUCUUCUCGGGGAUCCUCUACAUCGCGGCGGCGCUGUGCUUGUGGUUUGUGCGAGGGUGGAAGGUCCAACAAAAGCUGCGGGAGGAAAGUGAACAGGCGAGUCGACACAAGGAUCUCACCGAUGUGGUGGUAUGUGCCAAAGAGGGAGAGGGAGAAGAAGUGGUGAGGAAGUCGGUGUGGAGGGAUCCCGUUGGGCUGGGAAGGGAAAUGGUGCGUUGGUAUCGUGUGUGAGGUGAGGAAAGGGAACCGAAAAUCCAAAAAUGAUAAAAAAGAAAACCAGGACAAAGGAAACGAAAGCACGGGAGAAACGGAAACAAAUUAGGGCACAAAGCCUUGUUUCUGUUAUUGUUGUUGUUGUGGUUGAUGAUGGUGGUGGUGGUGUUGGACCAAAAGAUUGGGCAUACCUGAGUGGAAUUACAGACAACCCCAUUUCGAUAGAUCAAUUGAAAGGGGAAGGGAGGAAUGGACAUGGAAUAUAACAUAGGUCAAUAACCU